AACGAGUUCGCAGCACACAGAUUCAUAACAAUAUGUUGCGCUAUGCGCACCUCAGUCACUUGAUCCUCGGAUUGCUUCUGUUGGCUACUUCCCUGGCACACGUUCAAGGAGCGGCGACUCCCAUUUUCACGAGGGGUGGAUUGCAACUUUUCCAAAGCCGAACACGAGCAACAGACUGUCAACUGAUUCUACCAGACGGGACGAACUGCACGUAUCAACCUGGCACAACACCUGCGCCCCCCCACAAGGAAUGCAGUUUUCCAAACGAUAUGGGCAUGCGUAAUUACUGCCUUUUUCAAGUGUCUGUCACAAGUAAACACUUGAGUGGUAUUUACAGUUUAUCUUAUACGAACAGCUCUGGAGACUUCCAAGAAGAUAUAUAUAAUCUUUAUCUCCUUGGAGGUGGCGUUCCUAUUUCUGCAUUAAGGGUCAUAGAAAAUGAAAAUAUUUAUCUACGAAUUGAAUAUUCUGUUCCGGGUACUAUGAACUGUGACGUAAUUUAUCCGAAUGGCACGACAGAGGAACUCAUUUCCAGUUCCUCGCAGUCCUCACCAAAUCACUGGGGGAGAAAAGAUGAAUGUGGGGUUAAAAUUGAUGGUGUGUCCCAACAACAUAGUGGCCUUUGGAAACUUUUAAUCUCCAGCGAUGAAGCAUAUAUAUACGACGAAUUUAGUGUAUAUGUCACACCACUGAGCAGUAUCAACACCAGACCCAGACCUCCGAUAGAAUGGCCUUUCGGCGGGCCAGGGAGUGUGUCCAUGUCACAUGCAAACAGUAAAUACUGCGAACUUUGGAAUCCAAGGAAAGAGUUGGUCCAGCACACGCUGUCUGGUUGCAAUUAUGUACAAUCUAUUGUUACGGAUGCUGAUAACGGCAACUGGACCUUCGUUUUUGGAGUGAAUGGAAAGUUCUCUGAGGAGUCAUUUACACAAGAAAUCAAAGUUAUAAAAGAGCUCUUCAAAGUGAAUGCUACCGAGUCAGAGAGGUUCCCAGGUGGAUUGGACCUGCUGUGUAGUGUGUCCCCAGGAGAAAUAUCAGACUGCCGUUUUACUCGACCAGAUGGUAAAGUGUUUCUUUCGGCUGAAGGCCUGGGGAACGCUGACUACAGCUACUUCGGUGAUGGCUUCCGUAAUGGGGACUGUGGCCUGACAAUUCAUCAGCUGAAAGAAGCAGACAAAGGAUGGUGGAAUUGCUUAGUAAAAACUGGGGCAAAAACAAAAUCUGGUUUCCUUAACGUCUUAGCUACUGAAGUUUCAGAUCCUGAUGAAGGAAACCAUGAAGCCCUGGUGACUCUGCAGAAGGGAUCAGAUGUGUAUUUAUCAUGUAGCGCCCACAAUGCGCUGGAGUACUGCUGGUUUCAACACCCCAGUGGCUAUCACUUCAAGUUCUCAACAGAGACUGUUCUUUCUGGACUGCAAGAGAACACCCAGCCCCGUUCAUACAAGUAUGAUGACACACUGCAUCUGGGAAUCUGUGCUAUUAGAGUGGGUGAUGCAGAUGUCAAUGUGGACUCAGGAGAGUGGACAUGUCAUCUAGGAGUUCCAGGAAGUCCUGAGGAAGACCACUCAGUACCGAUCACAGUACGAGUGUCAGAAAGUGGUGUUAUAAGCUUGGACAAAGAAGUGGUCUUUUCUAAUGGAUUCGCCGUUCUGAAAUGCUACUCAGUUCCUAUAGGAAAACCUCUGCAGUAUUGUCGCUUCCUUCGUCCAGAUGGAAAUGGAUUCAAUGUUGUACCAGGAAACAACAGUGUGGUGCUAGGCCGGUACCAGUACGAAGCAGAGGGGUUGGAGAAGGGUGAGUGUGGUCUGAGAAUACAUUCAGAAAGUGCCACUGCCGAAGACAUAGGAAAGUGGACCUGUGUGGCGAAGCUGCAAGGAAAGGCGCAGGAAGAACAAGACUUCAUUACGUUGAGAAGGAUUGUUUCAGAUCCCGAUGAAGGAAACCAUGAAGCCCUUGUGACUCUGCAGAAGGGCUCAGAUGUGUAUUUAUCAUGUAGAGCCCACAGCGCGCUUGAGUACUGCUGGUUCCGACACCCAAGUGGCUAUCACUUCAAGUUCUCAACAGAGACUGUUCUUUCUGGACUGCAAGAGAACACCCAGCCCCGUUCAUACAAGUAUGAUGACACACUGCAUCUGGGAAUCUGUGCUAUUAGAGUGGGUGAUGCAGAUGUCAAUGUGGACUCAGGAGAGUGGACAUGUCAUCUAGGAGUUCCAGGAAGUCCUGAGGAAGACCACUCAGUACCGAUCACAGUAGGAGUGUCAGAAAGUGGUGUUAUAAGCUUGGACAAAGAAGUGGUCUUUUCUAACGGAUUCGCCGUUCUGAAAUGCUACUCAGUUCCUAUAGGAAAACCUCUGCAGUAUUGUCGCUUCCUUCGUCCAGAUGGAAAAGGAUUCAAUGUUGUACCAGGAAACAACAGUGUGGUGCUAGGCCGGUACCAGUACGAAGCAGAGGGGUUGGAGAAGGGUGAGUGUGGUCUGAGAAUACAUUCAGAAAGUGCCACUGCCGAAGACAUAGGAAAGUGGACCUGUGUGGCGAAGCUGCAAGGAAAGGCGCAGGAAGAACAAGACUUCAUUACGUUGAGAAGGAUUGUUUCAGAUCCCGAUGAAGGAAACCAUGAAGCUCUGGUGACUCUGCAGAAGGGGUCAGAUGUGUAUUUAUCAUGUAGCGCCCACACUGCGCUGGAGUACUGCUGGUUCCGACACCCCAGUGGCUAUCACUUCAGGUUCUCAACAGAGACUGUUCUUUCUGGACUUCUAGAGAACACCCAGCCCCGCUCAUACAACUAUUAUGACACACUGCAUCUGGGAAUAUGUGCUAUUAGAGUGGCUGGCGCAGAUGUCAAUGUGGACUCGGGAGAGUGGACAUGUCAUCUAGGAGUUCCAGGAAGUCCUGAGGAAGACCACUCAGUACCGAUCACAGUAGGAGUGUCAGAAAGUGGUGUUAUAAGCUUGGACAAAGAAGUGGUCUUUUCUAACGGAUUCGCCGUUCUGAAAUGCUACUCAGUUCCUAUAGGAAAACCUCUGCAGUAUUGUCGCUUCCUUCGUCCAGAUGGAAAAGGAUUCAAUGUUGUACCAGGAAACAACACUGUGGUGCUAGGCCGGUACCAGUACGAAGCAGAGGGCCUGGAAAAGGGCGAGUGUGGUCUGAGAAUACAUUCAGAAAGUGCCACUGCCGAAGAUGUAGGAAAUUGGACCUGUGUGGCGAGGCUGCAAGGAAUGGCGCAGGAAGGAGAAGACUUCAUUACAUUGAAAAGGAUUGUAGAACAGCAACAGGAUGAAGGUUUGUCUACGGGAGCCAUCGUUGGAAUUGCGACAGGAGGGGCUGUUGCCAUCCUGCUGAUAGCAGGACUUACCUUUUACUUCGUACGUCGGAAAUCAGCGUAACAAGGAUAAAAUUCUUUAUUAUUCUGUAACCUAUUUUCGUCAUCACAGAUUGGGGUCAAAAUGAAAGUGAACAAGCCUCACCUCAUUUUUGCACGGAAUCCACAUCUUCGGCAAAUUAGUCUGGCAUAUCGUUCGUCCUAAAAUGUAAUGCUUCCUUCGUAUAAAGAACAUUAAGUACUAUGUUAUUAAAAUUAAAGUUAAAAUAUUACUGCAUCAAAUAUUAAAAUAUCAAAACACUGAAGAUUUUACUAUGACGACAUAUUUCUCAUAUCCAAAUUUCCGAAUUCAGGCAGUGUGCUUGGCAUUCUUGCUUAAAUUCUGGAAUUUAUUUUCAGUAUGAUCUGGUGCUGUUGUUCCACUUGUGUAUUCUGCUGGUCUGCGGGUAUGCAUUGUUUUGUUUCCUAUGUUCCUUUUAUUCUUGUGGCUUGAUCAGUGCCAUAUUUCUUUGUAUUGGUGGGUGUCCACAUACUGCUCAACACCUACAUUAGUACUGUCCUUGUCAAUUUAUUUAUUUAUUUACCUUACAUUAGGGAAAUUUGCAAGCUACUACCUACCUUUCUUCUCUCAUAACCCAAAAAGAAAAUAAAAAACAGAGAACAAAAGAGGAUGAUAAAUGUGAAAAAUAUAGUAUAUAUAUAUAUCUAUCUAUAUUUCUCUAAGUGAGAUAAAUACAGGAUUUUCAAUAAGAAUGUUUGUGACAAUUCUUUAAAAUUAACAAAAAUUAGUUCUGGCGAUAUUAGGAAAUGGGUCCAAAUACCACCAUAAUAAUUGAAGGCUUCGUUGUGCCUAGUUUUUGAUCUUAAACAUACUUUAUAUAAAAUGUUAAAUAAGUAAUAAACACAUAGAAUUUACAUAAUUUAUCUGUAUAGACUAUGCACAAAAAAACAUAUGUCAUAAGAACUUGCAAAAUAUUUUUACCUUCAGAAUUAUAACAAAAGAGAUUCCAUAUACCUAAAAAUGAAAUGGAAAGAUCACAUGUACAUGUGACAGAUAUGUUAACUGAAGAAAGCAGUCUUCUGGGAUUUGGCACCGUGUAUAAGUGGUGUUAACCGACGUUUCGGAGGAACGUAUCG